AGUCCCCGCGUCGCUGCUGCUCCCUCCGUCCGGGCUUCCGGCUCCGGCGCAGGUGUCAAGGUCACCGGCCCGGGACGCGUGACGGCCUGUGUCUCCUGGUCCCCGUGGGCGGUGUUUCUCUUGACCCCGGGGCCCUCAGGGCCUCGCUGCGGACAGUGGCUCCCGGAGCCCGGGAAGGUCACGCCUCGGCUUUUCUCCUCGCUGCCGUGGUCUCGUUGGCUUUCGUGGCACUGGAAAAGGAUAGACUAGUGGACUGCACCGGCGAGCUGGAGGGGAGAGAGAGGGCUGUGGCACCUCCCUUUCCCAUGUGUUGAACAAGGGGGCCGUGGCUGGCAUCCUGAAUACAAAUCGGCAAAUAUCACUGGUGUCAAAAUAUAUAUUGUUCAGGGUAGGACCUAUGUAGUUAGUUGCGUAACAGCGCCCAUCCGGAGGCUUUGGCUGCUGGUGUAGGGCCUCACACUACCUAUCUGGUACAUUUUAUUGAAGUGAUGCUGUUAGCAGGACCAUGACACAGCUUCUUGCUGUCUGCCAGCCCAGCACAGGUUUUACCCAAAGGUACAUAUAGCAUGGCGGUUGAGGAAUGUGAUUGGUCCCUUGGUCACUGACUUGACCACUUACUGUCCAGCGGCCUUGAGGUGGUUAGUCCAGCCCCUUCACUUAGAAACUAAUAAAUAGUACAUAGUACAGCAGCCUUUCAGUUUCCGGAGGGGAUGGAUGCAUGGACCCUUACCAAACUUAAAGGAUGCACACCCUCCUCUGUGCUUUGGUUUGUUUAUGUUUUGUUUGGGGAUUUCUGAGGUCUUACUGUGUAGCCCAUGCUAGCCUCCCGUAUCUCCCACCUGGUCCUUCUAAUCAUGCUGGCUCUUCGAUUAUACGCCCAUCUCUACAUCAGUACCUAAUGUGUUGUAAACGGUCAGUAAAUAGGCUUUAUAUCCUACCUACUAUUCAAUGAAUAAUGACCAAAACCCAACCCAACCCAGCCAACUUCUCCCCACACAGGAAACAACAACAAAAAACCCUAAAUUGACCUCAAACAUUCCUCAUUGCUGAGCCUGGCCUUGAACUACUGAUCCUAUCUCCCGUCUCUCAAGUGUAGGGGUUACAAUUAUCCACCACAACACCAACUCAUGUAAAUUUUUGUUUGGUUUUGUUGUUGUUUUGUUGUUACUGUUUUCUGAGUGUUUCUCACCAGUGGUUGGCGGAUAUGAGCGUUGAAGCCAUGUGUAAGGAUGGCUGAGGGUACCCGUGUGUGACACUUACUUUGAAGCUUAUUUGUCAUCCCUGCAUCGGAGUCCUCAUCGUUUGUACCCGUACAGCUCUAUCAAUAUGCUACUGUCCAGACAGCAAGCAGCAGGCGUUCUCUGCUGAGGGAUGUAAUUGCUGCUUAUCAAAGAUUCUGUUCUCGACCUCCCAAAGGAUUUGAAAAGUACUUUCCUAAUGGGAAAAACGGAAAAAAGGCCAGUGAGCCUAAGGAGGCUGUUGGAGAAAAAAAAAGAACCACAGCCCUCGGGCCCCCAGCCUUCUGGAGGUGCAGGUGGUGGGGGAGGGAAGCGCCGUGGCAAGAAAGAAGAUUCUCACUGGUGGUCCAGGUUCCAGAAGGGUGACUUCCCAUGGGAUGACAAGGAUUUCAGGAUGUACUUUCUCUGGACUGCUCUUUUUUGGGGUGGAGUCAUGAUUUACUUCGUGUUCAAGAGCUCUGGGAGAGAAAUCACGUGGAAAGACUUUGUCAAUAACUAUCUUUCUAAGGGCGUGGUGGACAGACUAGAAGUUGUCAACAAGCGUUUUGUUCGUGUGACCUUUACACCAGGAAAAACUCCGGUUGAUGGGCAAUACGUCUGGUUUAAUAUUGGCAGUGUUGACACAUUUGAGCGGAAUCUGGAGACUUUGCAGCAAGAAUUGGGCAUAGAAGGGGAGAACCGGGUCCCUGUGGUUUAUAUUGCUGAGAGCGAUGGCUCCUUCCUGCUGAGCAUGUUGCCCACCGUACUCAUUAUCGCUUUUCUACUCUACACCAUAAGAAGAGGGCCCGCUGGCAUUGGUCGGACCGGCCGGGGAAUGGGUGGACUCUUCAGCGUUGGGGAAACCACAGCCAAGGUCUUAAAGGAUGAGAUAGAUGUGAAGUUUAAAGAUGUGGCUGGCUGUGAGGAGGCCAAGCUAGAAAUAAUGGAAUUCGUGAAUUUCUUGAAAAACCCAAAGCAAUAUCAAGACCUAGGAGCAAAAAUCCCAAAGGGUGCCAUUCUCACCGGUCCCCCAGGUACUGGGAAGACGCUGCUAGCUAAGGCCACAGCUGGAGAAGCCAAUGUCCCCUUUAUCACUGUGAGCGGAUCUGAGUUUCUGGAGAUGUUUGUUGGCGUUGGUCCAGCCAGAGUCCGAGACUUAUUUGCCCUUGCUCGGAAGAAUGCGCCUUGCAUUCUCUUCAUUGAUGAGAUUGAUGCUGUGGGAAGGAAGCGCGGCAGAGGCAACUUCGGUGGGCAGAGCGAGCAGGAGAACACACUCAACCAGCUGCUUGUGGAGAUGGACGGCUUCAACACAACCACCAAUGUGGUCAUCCUGGCAGGCACAAAUCGACCAGACAUCCUGGAUCCAGCUCUGUUGAGACCAGGCCGCUUUGACAGGCAGAUUUUUAUUGGACCCCCAGACAUAAAAGGACGAGCCUCAAUCUUCAAAGUUCACCUUCGACCAUUGAAGCUGGACAGUGCCUUGGAAAAAGAUAAAUUGGCCAGAAAACUGGCGUCCUUAACUCCAGGGUUUUCAGGCGCUGAUGUUGCCAAUGUCUGCAAUGAAGCUGCUUUGAUUGCUGCAAGACACCUUUCAGAUGCCAUUAAUGAGAAGCACUUCGAACAAGCGAUUGAGCGAGUGAUUGGAGGCUUGGAGAAAAAAACCCAAGUUCUGCAGCCUGAGGAGAAGAAGACGGUGGCUUACCACGAAGCAGGCCAUGCGGUCGCUGGCUGGUAUCUGGAGCAUGCAGACCCACUCUUAAAGGUCUCCAUCAUCCCGCGUGGCAAGGGGCUGGGCUAUGCUCAGUACUUGCCCAAGGAGCAGUAUCUGUACACAAAGGAGCAGCUGCUGGACAGGAUGUGCAUGACUCUGGGCGGCCGUGUCUCCGAGGAGAUCUUCUUUGGGAGAAUUACAACCGGUGCCCAGGACGACUUGAGGAAGGUUACCCAGAGUGCCUAUGCCCAGAUCGUUCAGUUUGGCAUGAACGAGAAAGUGGGGCAGAUCUCCUUUGACCUCCCACGACAGGGGGACAUGGUGUUAGAGAAGCCUUACAGUGAGGCCACUGCGAGGAUGAUAGACGAUGAAGUGAGGAUACUCAUCAGCGAUGCCUACAGAAGGACGGUGGCUCUUCUCACAGAGAAGAAGGCUGACGUGGAGAAGGUCGCUCUCUUACUGUUAGAAAAGGAAGUCCUAGACAAGAAUGACAUGGUCCAGCUUCUCGGUCCCAGACCAUUUACAGAAAAGUCCACAUAUGAAGAAUUUGUGGAAGGCACUGGCAGCUUAGACGAGGACACUUCUCUUCCUGAAGGCCUUCAGGAUUGGAACAAGGAGCGGGAGAAGGAGGAGAAGAAGGAGAAGGAGAAGGAGGAGCCGCUGAAUGAGAAGGUUGUCAGCUAGGCCAGGACCUGCAGGCCCCUUUCCUUUGUCCUCCCAGGGCUUCAGUCUGAACAAGGGCCCUGCUGCAGAGCCGGCCGUCGAGUCAGCCAGGCGGAGGGGAUGGCCUCCAUUGCAGCUGAGGGCUUCACAACUGCAGCAACUGCCAGGGGCUGGGAAGGAGACUUCCUCAGCCUUGCCCUCAUGAACAGCGGCUGGAACAGGAGAGACAGCACCACCUGCCGAGGCCUGUCCCGUGGAAUCCUGUCCCGUGGGAGAAGACUUUUCCUACCACCCUCUCGUCAUUCCUCCUGUGACAUCUCUGCAGACGUGCUGUGAAAUUCAGUUGGAGUCCUAAUAAGAAUAUUUUGAUUCAACCAAAUAUUUUCAAAUUUGAAUUCAGAUCACUUGUUGCUGUUUUAAUGGAAUGGUUUUCUAUAGAGAACUGUACCAUAUUUAAAAACAUGAAUGUAUUAUAUAAAUAUGGAGUCUUUAUAUCAGAAAUAAAGGUGGACAUUGCACUUUUUUCCUGAGCAUAUGAA